UCUCAGCUCACUUUCUCUCUCUAUUCCUCUCUUCUCAUCUUCCUUCUCUCUAACAUCUAACAUUAAUUCUUCAGGUGAAAGCUUGGAAUUCCAUGGAGAAUUGGUGCAUUUGAGAUUAGAAGCAUUUUCUUCUUGUGACUUUUAGUUCUCAAUUGUUGUAAACAUUCGCUCAGUCAAUAAGAUCAAGCUUUCAGUUCCAAUUUUGCAUUUCAAUUCCUAAGGAUAUUACAAGUUGCUCCCCUUCUCUUGCUUCUUUGAGAUUUAAAAUCAUUACUUAAUCGUUCUUUUACAAUUGAGUGAAGAGACUCAAGUUCAGAAGCUCGAGACUCAGCAAAUUUGUGCACAUUAAUGGUGCGAGGCGAACCUGUUGAGGGUAAUUUGGUCUUUUAACAUAAAAGGGCAAAAUAUAAGCCGAAGAAGACUGCUUUUUUGCCUUUGAAAAUACCUAACAGAAGUCGAUUUUAGGGCGCGGACUCUUUUGCGCGAGAACUCCCACUGAUACAUCCCAUUGACAGAGACUGCUUGUUGGUGAAUUGAAGAGUAGUAGUUUGAACGGUGAAGAGUUCUGGAUUUCGGUGAUGAAGAUACUUGAAGCAAAUGCAGGUGCUCUCACAAACUUUGAAGUGCUUGACUUUCUACGCUCGAGGGGUGCAGGAAGAGAUCCUACACGGGUCAUAGUUCCUGUUGCGCCGUCAGAGUUCAAGGUGUAUGAUUAUUUAGAGCAAACUGCUGCUUGCAAUCAGAAAAGACAAGCAAUUGGUGAAUUUUUGGAAAAAUGCAAAAGUAUCAAGCUCGCGAAAGCUGAGAUCCUUAACAUCAUAAAUAUUAGGCCAUCUUCGCUCGUUGAACUUUACCCGAUAAUAGAGGAAUAUGACAACCGUUUUGGGGAAGCUACAGAAACAAUGGAAGAGUUUGUGGAAACUGUGCAGCUGUUGCCACCUCCUCCAAACCAAAUGCAGUCUGAACAAGGAACUGCUGCAGACGAAACAGAAGCUCCAGAUGGUGAAAAGAUAGAGGUUGCCGAAUAGACUAUGUAGGUCAUACAAGAAACCUUUCGGGAAAAGUUUUUUGUUUCUUCGCGAAAGCACUGCAGAUACUAGUUUACGUAGAUAUCAUGUUCUACUCUUACAACUUACAAGUACUGAAAUUACUAGUUGGCUUGAGCUUUAGUUAUAAAUGCUUCUUACGGAAGGUCUGAAUGCUGAUUUCUUUCA